GAGCAGUGGCAGCAACUGAGUCGUGCAGAGAGGGACAAGAUGGGGCUCGUUGUUCGUGAUGUCGGGGAGUUUUGGAUGGAUUUCGAGGACUUCUGUCAACACUUUACAGACGUGGUGGUGUGCAGACUGGUGGAGAGGACUCUGCUGUGGCCGAGAUCUCGCUGGAGAGAAGUGAGCUGCUACAGGGAGUGGGUUCUACCUCCCCCCACCCAUGGAGCACCUCCACCCACUGUGCUCCAGAGUAACCCUACACUUACCCUGAGUAAGAGCAGCAACGGGCCUGGAGGGACUAAGCAGCGUGGGAACAGAAAGGAUGAUCGACUAGGUGAGAGUCAACAGGAAGGAAGGAAAAGUGGAAGAAGCGAGCCUGAUGUGAACAAAGUGACAGCAGAAAAGGGUGGUGGGAAGGUGAAUGGAGUAUGGAAGGUGGAGUUGGAUAAGAGGAGCCGGUGUGGUGGAUGUAUCAAUCACAGGGACACCUUCCUGCACAAUCCACAGUUCAUGUUUGAGGUGCGAGCCAAAGAGGAGGAGGUGCUGAUUUGUCUGCAGCAGGAGGACAGGAGGAUGUGGAGGAAAAAUGGAAAAGGAGAAAACCUGCCUAUUGGCUUUGAGGUGUUGAAGGUGGAGGUGAACCGCUGCAGUCGGGUGUAGUGCGUGGUGGAGCAGGCGGCCAGCUCCAUCUACAUGGAUUCCCGGAGUGUGACACUGAGGGGAACUCUGACUCUGGGACGUUAUGUUGUGCUGCCCACCACCUUCCUGCUUCGCCUCUUCUCCCACUCUCGUAUCAGACUCAGUUGGACAUGGCUGAUGCCUGAACAUCCUUUACUGGCUUCUUUCAUGUAUGUGGAGGAGCAUCGGUUCUAUUCUCUGCCCCCCCAAAAUGACCGAGCAACUUGCCCUAUUCCUAAGGGAAGACCCAGACACCCUUACUAUAGUACGCUAUAGUACAGGAGGGAGGAGGGAACGCCA